AAAGAACCAGACACUUGUGAUUCAUUCACCAAGGAUUACUGCAGCAGUGCAUCUGUUUUGUAAAAACACUUGUGAACAGAAUGACCUCAAAUACAACUCUUCUCCAUGACAUCCACUCUGAGGUCUCAAAUCACCAUGCAAACACUACAGUGGACACUGAAGACAUCGUGAAUAAGGUCAGCAUUGUCUUCCUCGUCUUCAUCAUUUUCUUCGGCACCACCGGGAACUCUUUGGUCAUCUGGGUGGCUGGCUUCCGUAUGAAGCCCAAUGUCACUAACGUUUGGCUGGUUAAUCUUGCCGUAGCGGACCUGAUCUUCUGCCUGACACGAGUCACUUCACUCAUCAGAGAUUUUUUCUAUAACUACUGGCCUUUUGGAGUUUUUCUCUGCAAGUUCACUGGCUUCUUCAAGUACGCCAACAUGUUCUGCAGUGUUUUUCUUCUGGCUGUCAUCAGUGUGGAUCGAGUGCUCUGCGUCUGGUGUCCAGUGCUCACCAGAGAACGACGGACGUUAUGUGCCGCUCGGGUGGUCAGUGUGGGAGUUUGGAUUGUGGCGGUUAUGUUCAGCUCACCAUACUUUGUGUACCGACAGGUCUUUCCCGGCAAGAACAAUUUGAGCCAAUGCUCAUUGAAGGAGAAAGGAGCAGAAGCAGGUGACAAUUCAGCAAAGUAUGUCUACUACUGCAUUCGUUUCAUCUGUGGAUUCUUGUUGCCCUUCCUGGUCAUCCUUAUCUGUUACAUACUAGCUGCUGUUGGGAUACGCAGAACGCGGCUCUCUGGAAAAUCGAGGCCUCUUCGGAUUCUUGCUGUAUUGGUCUGUGCCUUUUUCUUAUGUUGGGCUCCAUACCACUUUAUAGGGCUGGUCAAGUUGGUGAAUGAAGACAAUGAAGCAGUAAAAAAAAACCUGAAUAUGGCUUCAAAAGUGGCCUAUUUCAACAGCUGCAUUAACCCGGUUCUGUAUUUCUGCAUGGGAUUGGAUGUUAGUCGACGCUGCAACCAAAGUUUGUCUGGGAUUUUUCGUAGAGCACUUAUGGAGGAUGGCCAAAGUUUUUCACAGCAAGGCACUGGGGAAGAAAGCUCCAUUCCAAAGACUGCAGAUAUUGAGUGUGUUAAUGUAGUUUAA